AGCAAACUUUUAAAUUCUUCAGGGAAGAACAAAUCCCAACUUUUGAAACAAUCAAUCAAGGAGAACCUAUUUUUCUUUUCUCCAUUCUCGUCUUUCCUUGCUGAUUUUCUAGAGAAAAAGAAUCGUGAUAGUUUUUCGUUUUCAAUUUUCGUAGCGGUUGAUUAGAUAGCGAUGGCGAGCGAAUCCUCGUCGAAUUCGAAAAAUGUAGGGGACUCGUACAUAGGAAACUUCAUUAGUCUCAUCUCCAAGUACGAGAUACGCUAUGAAGGUGUUCUUUAUUAUCUCAACGUCCAAGAUUCCGCCAUUGGCCUCCAAAACGUAAGAUCUUAUGGAACAGAGGGUCGGAAGAAGGAUGGUCCACAAGUGCCACCAAGUGAUAAAGUGUAUGAAUACAUUCUCUUUCGUGGAAGUGACAUUAAGGAUCUGCAAGUUAAGUCUCCCCCUCCUGUGCAAAUAGAUGAGCAGAUUAACAAUGACCCUGCCAUUAUUCAGUCACAGUUUGCUGGUGUGCCUCUUAGCCCUUUUCCGUCAGUUUCAGUUGGUGGUAGAACUUUAACAGAAUCAACUCAGUGGCAGGAUAACCCUGCAUUAGCCAGUAGAGUCUAUCCGAGUGCUUUGCCAACACAUCAAUUUUCAUCUCAGGUGUAUCCAUCAAAUUAUUCACUGGCUGCUCAAAAUGCUGGUACUCCAUUAUUUUCCACUCCGUUGUAUUGGCAAGGAUACAAUGGAACUCCAAGCAAUGUUUCUCAAGCUCAACAGAAUCCUAUUCCUGUCCAAUCUCCUUCAAUGUUGUCAUCUCCUUUGACAGUGCAGAGUCAUGUAAACAAUCCUGAUCUUAACUCUUCUCCAAUUAUGGGAUUGAUAAAUGCAUCAGAACCUGUUAAUCCUGUCCUUUCAUCUAUUACAUCUAGUUCUUCACAUUCUUCUGUCACUGGCUCUUUUACUCCAGUGCAAGGUUCCAUGUACCCCAAUUUGCCAUCCUGCUCAUCCAUAAAAGCAUCUCCACCCUCGCAGGCUGCAUAUACUGCUAAUAGACUGUCAAUGUCAUCAUUUCCUUCAUCUUUUGGAGACACAAACAUCCCUGAAUCUCAACCUAUUGUCAAACCUGUUACUAGCCCUGCUGCCGCAGAUCCUUUAUCUGUUCUUCCGAACCCCAUGCCUUAUCCAGCUUGGUCUUCAGGUUCCUUGCUAACAUCAUCUCCAUCUUUGGUAACUCCGGGUCAGCUAGCACAAACCAGGCCCCAUGUGCUUUCUUCAACACAGAAUACAUACCCGGAUCAUACAAUUGCAGUCGCAUCACUAACAUCUUACACUCCAUCUGUGAAUUCUACUCCAGUUACUCAACCACCAUUGUUGCCAUUGCCAGCUCCUGCACAACAGGAACAAAACUUCCUGACAGAAAUUUUGAGUUUUGCAGAAUGUCUUUUCCGAGAGUCUCUGUACUCCACCACACCGUAUACUGAAGAAUUUGAUUUUGAAGCCAUGAAUGAGAAGUUCAAAAAGGAUGAAGUGUGGGGCUACCUUGGGAAGGCAAGCCAAAAGGAUAAAGCAGAAGGCAUGGAGGAUGAUGCAUCUGAUCACAGCUUGGGGGACAAACAGGGUUUUGGCCUACUGGCAAAAUUUGAUACACAGCCUGCUUACAAGAAAGAUGACUUCUUUGACACAAUUUCCUGUAACUCUCAUUCCCGUGGUGCAAGGAAUGGACAAAAUCGUUUCUCUGAGAGAAUGAAGUUAGAUAGUGAGACUUUUGGCAACUUCCAACAGAGAUCCCAUGUCAGUUAUGGACCUUAUCGUGGCUAUGGUGCUGGACGUGGUCAGAAUUAUGGAGGCUCUUACAACUGGGCCAGGGGAUAUGGCUAUGGUGGGAGGGGCUGUGGUCAGAACAUGUAUCCCUGAUGUUAUUUGAGUUUUCAGUGUUCUAUUAAAGCCCAUGGCUGCUAGAGACAUUGUCAUCUGUCAUCUUGGUUUUUCUCAUCAACCUUUGGCUUUAUGAAGACAUUAUAUCAAGGUAAAUGAAUGGUUGUUUGAGAUUUUCUUGCUGAGAUGCUUGGUAGGAACAACUAUACUGAUACAUUAUGGCAGGUUCAUGUCAUUUUUUUUUUUUGCUCGUGAGCUCGCCUUUUCCCUAUAAUUUUUUAACGAAAAGAAUUAUUGAAGCUUGAUGCAUAUAUGUGAAUGAUGAUUGUGUGUCCACCAUCCUUGUAAAGACAAUUCCACCGUCCCCUUUUUUUUAUUCA